AUGUCGACGUCGUUGAAGGCGUCUAUUGCCCCUGUACCUUCUGCAAAUGAUUUCUUAGACAUUGUUUUGUCUAAGACUCAGAGAAAAACACCGACUGUGAUUCAUCCGGGGUACAAAAUUACAAGAAUCCGCUCGUUUUACAUGCGGAAAGUUAUGUUCACGAAGGAUGCAUUCACGGAAAAGCUUCAAGCCAUUCUUUCAGAAUUCCCAGUUUUGGAGAAUUUGCACCCUUUCACGUCGUCGCUUUUGAAGUAUGUUGAUUGUGUUGCCAUCUAA